UUAAUCCUAUCCUAAACAUUCUCAUAUAAAGAAGUCAAAUGAAGAUGCUUUUGUAUCUAGGGUAAUUUUUCAAGCUAAGGCGACACAAUUCUAGUAUAAAUUUGAGAAUUUUUUUUUUCAAAGGGGCAGAGAAUUGGCUUUUUAUGGAUGUUAUAGAAUUGGACAAGACUAUGAUUUAUCAAGGACAGUUAUUUAUGUGUUCCAGAGUCAAAUGCCACCAGAAAUAAAGUUAGAAGCUUAUCAAGAUGAUGUUUUCAGUGAUUUCGGUAAAGCUCAAAGUGACACUAGUGAUAGGUUAUCAGAUGGAGAUAGAGUUGAAGAAUGUAUGGACAUAAAUAAUGAGUUUGAUGAAGAUUCUGACCAAAAUUCAAACGAACCUCUCAUACAAAGUCUGUAUCCAAAAUGGUUGAUUCAAGUAGAGAAAAAACGCGCAGAGGCUGAACUUAUUCGAGCAAAAGCUGAAGAGCAUAGAGCAAGUGUAGCUGCCAAGAGUGCUGAGGCAAUGUUACUACAGUCCGAGGCUCUGAAACACAUAUCUGAAGCUGCCAUGACCCAAGCAGAAGCCAUCACACGGAUAGCCAUAGCAUUGGAGAAAAGGAAUAGUGACAACAUGUCAAUAUGAUUCAUGGUCUAAGUGAACUUGCAAGUUUGAUUGGUGGCAGUGAAUGUGUUACAUUUUGAAAGCUAUCCUGAGGGUUUCUGCCUUUGUGACCUUGACUGAAUGGAAUGAUUCCAUAGCCUGUGCACAAGCAGGAUGUCUGGACCAUUAGAGUGAAUAUUUUCUGGAACACAGAAGUUGGUUUUAAUCACACUGUUCGUCAGCACACACAGCCAUGUAUCAACAUCAAGAUACCUACUAUAGAUAUCUACUUAAUAGUAAUAGCUGCUUGUUUUUCUUAAACUCUUAUUAGAAGUAGAAACAUCUUGGCUGUCAGUGAUAACUAGGUUGCGAAAAGUGUAAAUUUAACCUUAGCAUUAAUACAACUAAGGUUAUUGUGUUAUAUUGUUGUAAAUAAA